UCUGCGAUUUAGCUUAAAUUUCUCAUCACUAAAACACAAUCGUGGUAAAAAUACAGUAGCAAACUGGAGUUUAGUAUACAGUGAAGUGUUAUACGGGACAGGCCUGUGUUUUUACCCCGUUUAUAAGGCGGGAGAAGCGAAUUUCUGCGAUGUCGCCAUGUCGUAUUUAGGUUAGCCUCUGUCACUUCCGGCUGACUCAGUCUUUGUACACAAAAAAGUGACGAGCAAAAAUUCAGACCCAAAACCUACAAAAUAACGUCAGUACUUAUAACAGAGAUUCCAGAUAAGGAAAAUUUUGCUGCAGUACUCCAAGAAAAGUAAGGGGGCGCUCAUCUGGUAUUGAUUAAGGAGCCUGUUGCCAUUACCAGUUCGAUGGAUGGAAUGAGAGAGAACCCUUUAGACGAUGCCAGUAUCAACCUGGUGGAUAUGGAGAGUCUGCCCAGUCUGGAGAAAGGUGCAGGAUCUCUUGAUUUAGUGAUGGGUGACCAGGAAUCCAACUCAGCGACGGAUGAAGAGAUUGACGUUGUUUCUUGCGAGGAACAGCGGUUAUCUUUGAACUUCUCGACCUCGGACGAUGCAAUGGAGACGGGCGGGGACGCAAACAGCGACCAAUCGGGCGACGCCACAGACUCUACGGAGCAAACCAAGCCGGGAUCGGACGAUUGCAAUAAGAACCCAGCUCCUCUCGACUACUCCAAGACAAGCGACUUGGGAAAGCCGAUUAAAAAGGAGAGCCAAACAGUCAUCAAUGUUAGUCUCUCGCCAGGAAACAAUACGGACCGUCACAGGCCCACAAACUCUGUUGACAAUCAGAGCGACGGCAAUACGGAAUUGGAAAGAAGUUCUUUUAACCCUAGCAGGACGCUUAACAGCUUUGGCGUGGGGAGAAACAGUUUUAGUAGAAGCGUAGCAGAUACCAGGGAGAAGACUUGUAAGGCGUUAGACAUGGUGGUGAGAGCAAAACAAGAGAGAAGAGAGGACGGACAGGGGGUUGGGAGGUCAAACGCGGGGAACAGUCGCGAGUUUAGCCGUCAGGAACGAGACGAAAUCAGUCAUCACAGAGAGAACAACAACGUUUUUGGACAGAAUCACGCGUUUAGCCCCGUAGGGGGUCUACGGGAAAGGAACGUUGUGGAAUUUCGUGAUCUCUUGUACGGAGCGAGCCGGCGUGAAGAGCGUGUUUCUUCCGGGGAUCGGGAGAGCGGCGCGCACGCAUCAGGGAUCAGGGUGAAAAUGGAGUCUUCCCAGAAUGCAGCAGGACGAGGGUUCUGGCAGGUGGCAGAAGAGGAGGAGAGGCUGGACCAUCCGUUUCAUGAUGUGGGGGAGGGAGAGGGAGGUGGGGACCGACCAGUAGUGGUGAAGGCAGAGGGAGGGUGUGCCCAGGAAGGUUCGACCAGCAGUGAUUCAGUGACCUUGUCUCAACGAUUGGAACACGCAGCGGAGCAAUGGCAGACCUGUUCGCUGUCGGAGCGAAGCCCCAGAGACGGCGCCGCGGGGGAAACCGGACACCGGAGUCCUGUCUGGGAAACCUCCGACUGGGGAGGGGAGGGCGAGGAAAACUGGGAGACGUGGGACGUACCAUUUCAGAGCGAGGGGGCGCAGGAUAGCGUGCGAGUGCUGCCAGUCUGGGCCUCACCCAACAGGGAGGAAAACUGUCCUAGAUUUUCCCAGUUGAGUCCUGGCUCCUCUGCGAGUUCAGACCUGGACGUUGUGAGCAUCGACGACUCCGGAGACUCCCGACCCCACGAAAACAGCAUCACCGUGGGGUGGCGCAACAACGAUCUACUCAGCCCCAUUCCUAACCAUGAAGCAGAUGUAGAGACUGACCUCUCAGUGGAUGUGCUGACCCCUGACCCCAUGUUGACCUCUCACCCCCACCGGAAGACCAAUGACAGGACCCAGACUCCAGAGGCCAUCGACCUCACCUCGGAUGACAGCGAGAUCGAGAUUGUCUCCGAACCACGGCCUCAUGCAAGGAAUAGCCAGAAGCAUAAACGGGAAGAGGGCAGAGGUCAUCACCAUGGUAACAAUGACCAGAACACCCCUAUUGUUGUUGACCUAACUGGAUCAGAUGAAGAGGCAGCAGCCAGCCCCCGUAACCCCCCCACAUCUCACAUGCGGGACCGAAACUUCAUCCUGGGUCUCAGCGACCUCCCAUCAUCCUCCACUUCUCACCACCGCGAGGCGUGUUCCAACACCCGCGGGACGACGCACCGCCAGCACGGUACGAACCACGGCGCGUCUCCGCGGCCCCAGGUCCCCGGAUCGUCCCAGCGGAUGCCUCACUUCCAUCACCACAGCCCACGGCCGAUCCAACCAAGGGUCCAUCGCCCGUCCUGCCAGUUCCAGACCUCGCGACCCGGCUGCCACACGUCCCCGAACCCCCACGCCACCGCCCGCCCUCACGUGCACUCCCCGUCGUGCCUCGUGCACCGCAGGCCGUUUAACGGUGCGGGCGGGCACGGGCACGCCUUCCGCCACCUCCCGUCGUGUCGCUUCCAGAGCUCGCCGCGGUUGGACCCCCCUCCGGAGCCGUGCGAGCAGGGGGGUCACGACCUGACCUGCGAUGACCCCGACACCUGUCCAGAUGCGGACGCACCAUGCGAGGACCAGCCACCUUGUGACACUGCUACUGAUGCCCAUGGGACCCCCCACGAUCGCUGCUCCCCUGGGGUGGGGUCGCGGGGUCAGUGCACCCAUCUCCGUGCCGUGUGCUGCAGUCGUCUCUCGUGUUCCCACCUGCAGAAUCCCCCGCCGUGCCGCCUGCACCGCCAUCACUGCCAGUGUUCCAGAUGUCAGAGUCGCUCACAUGUUCACCACCACCAUCACUUCCUGCCCCGCCCUGUCCCUGCUCACUCCCCCCAUGUAACCCCCUCCCCCUCCAUCACUUCCCCAUCCCCUCCCCACCACCACCCCUCCCCCCCUCAGCCUGUCAACCUCCGUGCCUCCCCUCCCCGAAACACCCCCCCUCCCCUCCUGGAGUCACCUCCAUCCGACUCCCCACCCUCCUCCAUUUCAUCCUUCCUCAAUGUGAGCAGUGCCUCCUCCACCGCUCCCAGUAGUGACUCCCCCCCUUCGCUCUUCUCCAACCCCUUCCACCAAACCCCCCCUACCUACCUCCCAAACGACCAACUCUCUCACUCCAGCCCCUUUUGCCCCCCUCCCCCACCGCCCCCUCUCCUCCCACCUCACUCUGGACCCCCCUCAGGACCAACCCAGACCCACCCCCCUGGUUUAAACUCGUACCCGACCCUCCCUGUGGCACCGGCACCCCCUCAAGGUGACUCGAACCCUUCAGCCCCACCCCCUGGCUAUGCCUGGGUCGGACACACGCCAGUUCCCAUCAUGCAUCAGCGACUCCUGGCUGUACAACAGCGUAUGCAAGAGCAGCAGCGUCGGCGAAUGACGGCCCAUCUCCAGGGUCGUCCUGGCGACCGUGCGGCGCAACAGCAGGCCAUGCAGUUCCACAUGCAGCGCCAGAUGGAGGGUCGCACCUGGGCAGAACAGCCCGUACCGUUGGACCCUACGGAGCCAUACAUGGACGGAGGUGCGAUGACACCACAGGCGGAACACAGACAUGUGCAUCAGCACUGGCACCACUUCCACCCCUCCCCGCCACGCAUGGCACCCUUCAACGUGCCACACGUACAUGUCAACUAUGGACCAAUUCCUCCUCCCAUGAUGCACCUGCCUCCCAUGCCCCCCAUGCCGACCGGAAUGAUUGGCAGGCCGCUGCACUUCAUGUUCGGCCGUCCCACGUUCGAGGACCUUAUGCAGUUAGAACAGCACCUAGGACAAGUCAACAGAGGUGCCUCACAAAGCACAAUCGAAAGAAAUACAUUUCCAUACAAAUAUCAGAAGCAUAAAGCUGCCUCUGCAGAAGAAGAUGCGGCAGGUUCAGGUGGCGAUGAGGACGAAAAGUGCACAAUAUGUCUGUCUCACUUCAUGCAGGGGGAAGAUGUCAGGCGAUUACCCUGCAUGCAUCUGUUCCACAUCGUCUGUGUGGACCAGUGGCUCACGACCAAUAAGAAGUGUCCAAUCUGCCGCGUGGACAUCGAAACACAGGGAGAGUUCGAAAAGGGACAGAGCUAGAGAUACGCGCUAUAUGGGGGGUGUAUAUUGGUACGUGUAUAUGUGUGGGCGGCCUUUUGCAAUAACGUAAAAUGGUGAAAAGUAUUAUUUUGUCUGUCUGUAGAUUUGGAGAGUCUAUAUAUAUAUGAAGCAUCUUCCUGUAUCCUUGCCACAUAUGCCAAAAGCCACAGCUAAAAACAAGUGUCUGCAAAAUGGUAGCAUUGAGCUU